AGAUACCAUACUUCAGUAUAACUUUCAGAAAGUCCCGAAAAGAAUUUAGGAGCUGUGGAUUUUGAGAAUAAACCACCUUUUUCUCUGUCGUUACGGAUUAGAAUCCCCAAGGCAACAUGAUGAAUAGGAACUUGUAAGGUCGUAGAAGCAAGCUGUGGAUAAAAUUGAUGAGUUUGACUGAAUUCAACUGAAGGAUUGUAUCAUUUCUGGCCCGUAAAACAUCCUUCAUCUGACAACAUGUGCUGCUGUGCCAUUGAGUGUGUCAAGUGCCUGCUGCUUUUCUUUGACGUUAUUUUCUUGCUGACUGGCAUUGCUCUGCUUGGGGUCGGAAUUCACGUCUUAAUUGGUGUCGUUAACGGUACUUACGCAUCCUUGAUUGCCGGGGUGUCCUAUAUCUACAUUGCCUAUGCUAUCCUCGUCAUUGCCUUCAUUAUCAUCAUCGUCGCUCUGAUUGGUUGUUGCGGCGGUGUGCUAGAGAAUAAAUGCCUGCUGGUGACGUUCUACUUCUUCGUCGUGCUCUGCAUUUGUCUGGAAGUCUCAGUCGCGAUCAUUGCAUUCGUUGGUCUGUGGUAUGAAGAUGGCUAUGUCAGAUCCUACGUUAUCCAAGCGUCGCGUAAGGAGAUGGUCAACUAUGGACACAUCGAGAAAGAAGGAUUCACCGGUGCCUGGGACAGACUGCAAACUGACGAGCAAUGCUGCGGUGUUGAGGCAUCGACUGACUGGCACGAGUACGGAAAUUAUGAUCAAGAUGACACGCCUGAUAGUUGCUGCAGGGAGAGAGAAUAUGGGUGUGGCUCAACCGUGGGUGAAUUAUGGGAAAAGAGUUGCAUUACAGCAAUGAUUGACACUGUCAACAGUUGUCUGUAUCUGAUUGGUGCCAUGUGUGUCGGAUGCGUCCUGCUGCAGAUUCUGCUGAUCAUCUUCAUCCUUGCUUUGUACUACAACAUCAAAUUCGGAGGUGGGAAAAACCGAUGCUGCGGCAGCAAUUACUACGACAUGGACUAGGCCAGCUCUGCCAUCCAAUCAAAUCAUGAGAUUUGUGGAAUGGGCGGGAUUUAUUAUUCAAAUUAGAGGAUUUACAUCAUUAAAUCCUGAGGUGAAAAAAACUGAUGCUGUGGUACCCAUUACUUUGACAAGGACACGGAAUGCUAUCCAAUUAUAUUAGCUUUGUGGGAUGGGCGGGGUUUAUUAUUCAAAUCAAAUUUGGUAUGACACUGUCCAAUGAAAUAAGCGGGUGGGAUUCAGUAUUUAAAUUAAUGUUUGAUGACUGAGUUGACAAAAAUAUAUUUUGUGAUUAAAGAAAAAAUGGUGCCCACUGAAAUUGUUGUUAUGAAUAGGCGUUUCCACUGAAAUUUGAGUAAAGUUUAAUGGGUGAAGUUUAAUAUGCAAAUUAUCAUUUAAUAGAUCAUUUCUAGCCUGAAUGUGAUCUCCUGAUGUUCAAUAGAAAUACAAGUACAUUUUGAAGUUUUGAUAGGCAGUUAGCCAUGAACAAAAAUCAUUACUAAAUGAUUUUUAACAACGAAAAUUAAAGUAUUUAUUAACCUUUUUUUUCAACCUCUACGUACUGUCAGUGCAGUACUGUUUGUAUAAAAAGUUUUUAACAAAUGUUUGGUAAAAGUUGUUUUAACAUUUUGUUGACAUUUUGUUGCUUUUGGACAUGUAAGGGUAAAUAUAUUUUAACAUUUUCGUCUUGGCUGUAAAUAUUGUGAGCAGUAAUUUUUUUACAAUGUUGAUAACAUUUUGUACUUUGUUGUGAUUUUUUUUCUGUUUCUUUUUUUUAAAUUUUAAAUAGUGAAAUAGUACUGAUAUGUAUAUUUCAUCUUCUCGUAAGAAGUACACACAAAAACUAGAAAUAACAUGAAAAGAAAUUUAUUGAAUCUUUAAUUGUGUUUUUCCAUUCUUUAAUUAACUCGGCGUAAACAGCUUGCUUCUUGCAUUCAAAAGCAUGAGCUUUGGUUAAAUUCAAUUGUGUUUUUAAAACAAAAUUAUAGUGGCCUGAUAUUUCAUCCUUUGCAAGGAAGAAAUAUCAGGCCACUCUAAGCUUUUGAUUUGUAUAUUUCAGGUCAAUCCAGUCAGUGAGCAGUAUGCAGCAGUGUCAUUCGUUUUCAAAUGUACUUUUUAACAUGACAUAGAAAAUCUGAGUGCAUUUAUGGAAAAUGUAAGCUUUUUGACGCAAAUCACAUUCUCCAUUUUUUCUGAUAUUUCCCAUUUUUCCUGAUAUUUCACAGUAUUUCUCCCCACUUUUAUCAGGCAAACCCAUGAUUAUAACGCAAAGUUAUAGUCAAUACAAAUUAUUCAUUUUGUAGCAAUGUUUUAUCUUUCACUGUUUGUGACAGUCAAACAAAAAUAAUGGUAUCUUAUGUUUACACUUUCCCGUGGCUUUAUUCAUGAAUCAAUAUCCCUAAUCUCUUAUCUAUUAUAUUGUAAUUGAAAUGAUUUACUUUGUUUCCUAUCACGUGAGGUUUUGAAUGGACCGAUCCAGUAAGCACCGCCCCAUGGUGUUCUGACCAAUCACAGCCGUGAUUUAUGUUCGACGUGCGUGCACUAAAGUCCGACAUGCGUGCACGCGCGUAUGAUGUGCGCGGAAGGAAAAUGCAGUGUGGCAUUGGAGAGGAGCACGUGUUAAUUUGCCCACGUGCGCAGUGGGCGGGGCUUACUGGAUCGGUCCAUUUGCUACAGGUUAUAAGGGAGAGAGUUACAUAGAGUUUUCUGAGUCCACUGAGCAUGAGAGUACAGCAGUAAACGGGGACAUUAUGUGAACAAAACUGCAACUUAAGAUGUAAAGUGUGCGGUUGCACUUGUCAAGUCUCUUUGUUACUUUAUAGGGUUCCGAAAAUUGAACCGAUUGGUACCUCUAUGUUUCGGACAGUAUGUUCUCAUUGUCUGUCUUCAGAGAAAACAUCUCGAAAAAGAUUUGACUGCAGGGUGCUACCGACUUUUACCAUGCAGACAUUCAAGUCUUAUUAAAUUGUUUUUUUUUUCAAUUCGCGAGAGAACGUUCGUUCUACUUAGAAAUAUUUUCUUCACUUUGGCUUCUUGAAAUUAUGAAAUAUUAAGUCAUUGGCUUUGCUUUCGCUUGAGUUCCAGGCUGAGUUUCGUGUGUGCAGACUUUUAUCGUAUCGUAAAAUGUACUUGUUGAUGAUUAUAGAUUUGAAUGAAUUCUACUUUAAUUGUUUUUCAGUGUUUUACUUGGCUGAAAGUUUUGUUAUCAUCAUGGAUUAAAACCACAGUCACAGCGCCUUCUUAGGUUUUUGUUUGUUAGUUUAACCAGCGACUGUAUUUAAACCGUAUUCAUAUUCCCGGAAAACUUGGGAAAAGUUUUAACAUUUAUCACUUAAAACCUAGUAUUUUGGGUAAAUUAACUGUAAAUUAAUUGUUCUCGUUCGUCGGUAUUUAGGAAAACUGACAUAAAAAUUACUUUUGUAUAAAACAUUCUAAAUGUUUGUGUU